AUGAAUACAAAGGCGGAUAGCAAAUAUGAAAAGAACAAAAACAUAACAAGAUCUUUUCAUAAGAAAAAUGUAAAUGAAGAUAGCGAAUAUAAUAGUGAUUCUUUCAUAGAACAUUUAUUUAACGUGAAUAAAAUAAACAAUAUUCAGGAAACGAAUCAUUCAUAUGAUCACCCUCAGUUUAAAAAUGACAAAUGGUAUAAUAACCGAUAUAAUGUAGAUGCAAGAAAUGAUACGGAAAAUAAUUCAAAUCCCUUUUUUGAAGUUGGAGUGCAGGAGCUUCAUGGGUUAAAUUGUAAUGGAAAUUUUCAAAAUGGAGAUCGUUACUCUCAUGGUGAGAGUGGUGGACGAAGCUGCUUUUAUGAAAAGAAAGGAGCACGAAAAGAAAGGGCCAUUGCUGGGUUAGUCCAUCGGGAAGAAGUGGAAGAAAGAGAAGAAGAUGAUGAAGUGGAGGAAAACGAAGAUGAGGAAGACAAAGAUGAGGAAGACGAAGAUGAGGAAGACGAAGAUGAGGAAGUGGAAGAUGAGGAAGUGGAAGAAAACGAAGAGGAUGUGAUGAAAUACUACUCAGUUGUGAAGAGUAACAAAAUGAAUGAUGAAAAUUUGGAGAAGAAAAUUGAUAAACUGUUAAAUUUUAAUAAAAAAAUUGAAACGUAUGAAGAAAAAAAAAAGAAAUUGAUACUAGGAUCAAUGAAUGAUGAUGAAAUUGAUCAUUGUUUAUAUGAUCAACAUGAAGAGGGGAAUUUUUUUAUGGAAUUUUUGGAAGAUCUAAGUCAUGUGAAAAACAAUUCCAUAACAGAAUCUGCAGAUUACGUGUGUCCAAAUUAUGAUAAAAAUAAAAGGAAUGAAUAUAAUGAAGAAAAAUCCAAAAUGUGUAAUAGUAUUGAAAUGUGUCAGAAUAAAAUAGUCCUCUCAGUUAAGAAUAGACAUGUUAUUUUUAAUGAAAAGAGGCUAUUAGAUAUUAAGAACAUAAAUUUGAAAAAUAUUAUGUAUUUUUAUUUUUGCUCCAAUGAAGAAUAUGUUUUUUCCUGUAUCCAAGAUGGAGCAAAACAUUUGUACACGUACGACUCAUACAUCUUUGAGAAUUAUGAUGAUAUGAGCAAUGUCACAAGCAAUUCCUUGUCAGAUGGAAAUUCCAAAUCUGAUUCCAUAACUGACGAGGAGCUACUCCUUCUCACAUAUAACAACACAGAUGAGGAAAUUUACAAUUACGACGAUCCUGGAUAUUAUUACAAUGAUGAAUAUGGUGAGGAAUUUGGAAGGAAGGACGAGUUUGGAAGUAGAGACAAAUUUUGCGAUAUUGAAGACUCUAACUUCUCCUACAUGCGUACGAGAAAAAAUCGCAGGAAAAAUAAAAAAGUGUGGAGAAAAAAAAAAUUCAGAAAAGGGAAAAAUCAGAAUGAGAAAAGCAUCACGUCCACCUGCGUUGAACCAACAAAAAUGAAUAGAGAAGUAGAACAGUUGAUGAAUAAAGCUAACAGUUAUUACAUUAACAAGAAUUUUGAGGAAUGCAUACUCAUUCUGGAGAAAGUGAUUAAAUUAUCCCCAAAUUUGCAGGACCCAUUUCAUCUUCUUGGUUUAAUAUAUGAAAGAGAAUAUAAGAACAUGAAAAAAGCAAUUAAUUAUUAUCUAAUUGCAGCUCAUUUAUCACAUAAUGAUUAUCUAGCAUGGUAUACUAUUAUAGACUUGUGUAAAAUUGAGAAACAGUAUAAUAUAAUUCUUUAUUGUCUUUAUAAAGUUUUGAAAAUAUAUAAGAAAAAAAGAGCAAAUCAGAAAAAGAAAAAUAUGAAGAAGAACCUACAUGUUGAUAAUGAUAUAGAUUAUAUAGAGAAAAAACACUACUCCAGUGUCAUCAUGAGAGAACAUGAUGAUGCAAUACAUUUUGAUAAUAAUAUAAGAGAGGAAGAAAAGGAACAUGUGAAAAAUGAAAAUAAAAUGGAAGAAAUGGAUGAUUUUAUGAAACAUUUAUAUUUUAACUUGGCUUUUACAUACAUAUUAUUGGGGGAUUACAAAAAUGGAUUAAAAUUUUUACUACAGUUACGAGAUAAUUGUGAAGGUUCCCUUGAUAUAAUCAUUGAUUUAUACAUUUGUAUAUGCUUGGUCUUAGUUAGGUCUCCAGAGGAAUGCUAUAACUUUUUGAAAAAUAUGUACCUAAGAGUCAUGAAAAAGAAACAAAAGUUAAGGAAAAUAAUAGCAGAUUCGACCAAUGCCAACUCGAUUGAAACACAAACUACUAGUGCCAAUUGGUCAUACGUAGAUAAAUCCAUUAUUUGUUUUUUCAUGCAAUCACAGAUAUUAAACAACAAAUAUGACGAAUGCAUCUUUCUGUACAUAACUCUUGCAAAAAUGUGCAAUGAAAAAAUACAUAUUGAUAUUUUUAUGCAGUUUAUAAAAUCUCUUGUGAUGAUUGGAAAUGUAGAUUAUCGUUAUUUAAAUAAGUGCUACUUCUUGAAUGCCAUUCGUGACAAUCAUACUUUCUAUGAAGAUCUUAUUUUUCAUCUAGCGGAAGCUUAUUACAUACGAUCCAUGUAUAAAAAUGCUAUAUAUUUUUACAAUUUGUUAUACAUUCAAAGGAAAGGUGUCUUUUUGCAAGAAAGUAAACCAAUAAAAGAUGAGGAGGAUCAGUUGGUUUUCCAUGAUUCAGUGAAUGGCAUGUCUGCACAGGGAGGUCACUUCAUCUGGGCAGCACCCGCUGUGGAAGAGGUGGAACAAAUGGAAAAAGUGGAAAAAGUAGGAACCAAGAAGCCAAAGCAGACCCAGGAGGGAAGGCGUGAGGAAAUGGUACCCACAAACAAUGCUAGAGAGAGCAGGGAGAUAGAAGCGAAAAAUCUUGUGAAGUAUGACAACAAAGUUCCUUUUUUGUCAAUGAUGUAUAAACUAGUAAAGUGCUACUACUACGUGGAUAAUUUCACAAAGGCAGAAAAGAUGAUUGUAAACAUUUUAAGAGACAAGAAUAUAGAAAAAAACCACAUAGAGAUAGACAUCAAAACGUUAUAUGUUGAUAUACUUUAUAAAUUGAAGAAGUAUAAUAGAUCGAUAAACAUAUUACUAAGCAUAAAGGAAAAGAAACUAAGAUUUAUGUGUUCCAUUCCAAACCCUCUUAGCAACAAAGAAAGAGAAAUUUUGCUUCUUAAAAUUUUAAAUAAAAAAAAUAAAUUACUAUUGUACAUAUCUCAUAAUAAGUACAUUUUGCAUAUGUUUUAUAUAUAUCAGAAAAAGAACAAGGUUUUUUACAAAUAUGACAAUUACAUUUCAAACAGAAAUAUAAAUGACAUUAUUCAGGUUAAGGUGAAUAUUUGUUUUUGCUACUUUUGUGUGAAGUACAAUUUUUCAAUUCUAAAUUAUUUGUACCUCUACAAUGUUUUAAAUUACCUUAACAGAAAGAACCCGAACGGACGAAUGGGUAGCGGUGGUAGAGUCGAUAGAGGUAGUAGCAGUGGUAGAGGUGACAGAAGAAGAAACAGACAGAGGAUUCUGAACCUGUACGCAUACAGGGAGUACUUGCUAUUUUUGGCAUCAUCCUUCCAGGUUUUUAAAAAGAGAAAGAAGUUGGAAGAUUUUGACAUCCAUUACAAGAAUAUGAAGUUAAUUGGAACGCGACUCUUCUAUAAGGAUGUGUUCAUCUUCGAUGUUAAUUCUUUAGCAGACUAUGGGGAGAAUGGGUUUGGCAAGAAAGAGCCAAAUGGGUUUGACAAGGAGGAGCCAAAUGGGUUUGACAAGGAGGAGCCAAAUAGGUUUGACAAGGAGGAGCCAAAUAGGUUUGACAAGGAGGAGCCAAAUAGGUUUGACAUUGAAAAACCGAAUGAACCUGCUAGGGAAGAACCGAACGAACCUGAUAGGGAAGAACCGAAUGAACCUGAUAGGGAAGAACCGAAUGAACAUUCUAAAUGGAUAAGCUCUUUGGAAAGGGCGCGAGUGAGGGAAAAGUUCCACAAGCAGGUGCACAAGUACACAGAGGGCGUGGAAUCUGAAAUAUUCAAAAGCAAAAUAAUGAUAAAGUUCUACAAGUUCAGCUAUAAUUUCUUUUACUUUUUAUAUGAGAUAGAACACGAUUUUAGAAGAAUACGUGCUGUUAUGGAAAAGGACAUUCUGAAUUUUAAAAAAAAAAAAAAAAAUGGAAAAGCAGAUGAAGAGAAAGAGGUAGAAAGAGAAUCUUUGUUUAUUAAUUCAAGGAUUAACAACCAUGUCUUAGAAAACAAUGAAAUGGUGAGUUGCACUCCCAAAGAGAAUUCACAUUCGGUCAAAUUGGUUGCUGGGUAUAGUGGCACUAAAGGGAGUAAUGAAGGAAAUGGAAUAAUGACCUCUGAUAUUAGACAUGUGAAGAAGGAUGAUUAUGAUGAUGAGCUUGAUUUUUUUAAAGUAGAAGAAGAGGAGGAGGAUGUUCAUCACAGAAUUAGGAAGGGAAAAUUUCCAAAUCGAAGCAAGAGAUUUUCCUUCCUUGUUACAAAGAAAAAGAUGAACUUUUUUACGUUUGAAAAUUAUUUGGGUUUAUAUUUCAGUCUACUUUUUAUUGAAGAGUGUUUCUUCAUAGUGAGUAUAAUGAAUAUGUAUGAAGAUGCCAUUCAUAUUUUGAAUAUUUACAUAAGAAAUAGAAAAUCGAGUAAAAUGAAAUUUUUAACAUAUAUCAAAGCAGUUAAAAAUGAAUUUAAAAGAAAUAGGAAUGAUAAGAACUUAAUUAAUUUGAAUUAUUACUUUUUUGAUAAUGUCUACACAAAGAGUAUAAAGAAUGAAAUGAAGAAUGAAUAUUAUAAUUUUUUAAAAAUGAAUAAAUAUAUUGAUUGUAAAUAUUUUCUUUUUCGUAUUAAUUUACUCCUAAAUAAAUUGUAUAUUUCCAGUGGUGAUUAUGAGAAACAAGUAAAAUGUUUAAAUGAUGCAUACAUAUUUAAUAAGAAAGAAAAAGAUGAAUAUAGAAUCUUAAAAUAUUAUAGCGACAUUGUACUCACAGGAACUUUUUGUCAAAAUUUUUUAACAUCUAUUUCAAAAUCAAAGAAUAAAAAUAUUUUAAUUAUAUUUCGCCUUUUUCUAGUUAAAUCUAUACAUUAUAAAAAUACAAACCCCUUUUUAAUCUACCUCAUUGGUAAUGUGUGCAACUUAUCUUGCAUGAUCAUCAAUGCUGUUCAUGAGUACACACGUGCUUAUACAUUUUUACUCAAAAGUAGAAGGAAGAACCAGCAGGAAAAGUUGCGAUUCAGCUAUGCCACGCGUAAGCCAAUCGUGAAGGCGGUUAAGAGGUGCAACCAGGAUGGCCUCGUGGGUGAUGAAGAGGAAGAAGUGAGAGAAGUGGGUGAAGAGGAAGAAGUGAGAGAAGUGGGUGAAGAGGAAGAAGUGAGAGAAGUGGGUGAAGAGGAAGAAGUGGGUGAAGAGACCGAAGAGGAAGAAGUGAGCAAAAUGGGUGAAGAGACCGAGGUGGAUGAAGAAAACUUGCUAUUCACGAAACUGAAACUGUGCAACCAUGGGAAGAAAAAAAAUGAAAUAGAAGAUAAUUUUGAAAAUAUUUCUGACAAUCUCAACUUCUUAUUCAGCCUGAUGACUUCAUACUUCAAUUACGCGAGUGGCUAUCGUGUCACUAAUAGAGAAUCAGUAAUGAUGACGUCAUUCUGUUUACUAAAUGAGUAUAUUACAAAAAGAUAUGAACAGAAAAUAACAAGAAAAAAAAAAAAGUAUAUGAAACGUUCGCAAUUUUAUAAAACGUAUAAAUAUAUAUACCUCGCAGAGAUUUUAUAUAAUUUGGGAAGAGCACUGCAUCAUUUAUCUUAUUUCAAUGAAUGCAUGAAAUUAUAUUUAAAUGUCAUUCAAUUGAUACGAAAGGCAAAUAAAGAAAUAAAAAAAAUUUGUACCCUAAAUAAUUUAAAUAUUAAUGAAAAGUUUAUAUUAAAUCAUGUAAUAAAUAUGAAAAAAUGUAUGUGUUACACUUGUUUAAAUUUUGCUACACAUUACCAAGAAAAUACUCAUUUAAAUAAUAUAAUUAAUUAUUACCACAAUUUAAAUUCCAAAUAUUUCAAUUUGUUUCUCCUCUUCUAUGACAAGAGACAUCUUUUGUUUUCUGCUUCCUACAACUUGAGUAUAAUUUUUAGGAGGCAAAACCGUUUCGAGCAAGCCAAGUAUAUACUUAGAAAUAUUAUAUGGGACUGA